CGGAAGUGACGUGCUGGCUUGGCUGGCUGUGGAGUCGGCCGAAGCUUUCGGCGGCGGCUGAGCCAGCUGAGGGGAAAAAUGGCUCGGACUGUGGCGGCUUCGGCGGCUCAGGUUGUAGUACAGGCGGAGGCUCAGGCAGCUUGAGCUCUUGCUAUUUUGGAAGCUACAAGAAAAAAAUAGAGGAAGGAAGGUUUGAUCUUUUUGGUGGACAUGGCUCAGAUAUCCAGCAACAGCGGAUUUAAAGAAUGUCCAUCUUCACAUCCGGAACCAACAAGAGCAAAAGAUGUGGACAAAGAAGAAGCAUUACAGAUGGAAGCAGAAGCUUUAGCAAAACUGCAAAAGGAUAGGCAAGUGACUGACAAUCAGAGAGGCUUUGAGUUGUCAAGCAGCACCAGAAAAAAAGCACAGGUUUAUAAUAAACAGGAUUAUGAUCUCAUGGUGUUUCCCGAAUCAGAUUCCCAAAAAAGAGCAUUAGAUAUUGAUGUAGAAAAGCUCACUCAAGCUGAACUUGAGAAACUAUUGCUGGAUGACAGUUUUGAGACUAGAAAAACACCUGUAUUACCAGCUACUCCUGUUCUGAGCCCUUCCUUUUCAGCACAGCUCUAUUUUAGACCUACUAUUCAGAGAGGACAGUGGCCACCUGGAUUAUCUGGGCCUUCCACUUAUACUUUACCUUCUAUUUAUCCUUCUACUUACAGUAAACAGGCUGCAUUCCAAAAUGGCUUCAAUCCAAGAAUGCCCACUUUUCCAUCUACAGAACCUGUAUAUUUAAGUCUUCCGGGACAAUCUCCAUAUUUCUCAUAUCCUUUGACACCUGCCACACCCUUUCAUCCACAAGGAAGCUUACCUAUCUAUCGUCCAGUAGUCAGUCCUGACAUGGCAAAACUAUUUGACAAAAUAGCUAGUACAUCAGAAUUUUUAAAAAAUGGGAAAGCAAGGACUGAUUUGGAGAUAACAGAUUCAAAAGUCAGCAGUCUACAGGUAUCUCCAAAGUCUGAGGAUAUCAGUAAAUUUGACUGGUUAGAUUUGGAUCCUCUAAGUAAGCCUAAGGUGGAUAACGUGGAGGUAUUAGACCAUGAAGAAGAGAAAAAUGUUUCAAGUUUGCUAGCAAAGGAUCCUUGGGAUGCUGUUCUUCUUGAAGAGAGAUUGCCAGCAAAUUGUCAUCUUGAAAGAAAGGUGAAUGGAAAAUCCCUUUCUGUGGCAACUGUAACAAGAAGCCAGUCUUUAAAUAUUCGAACAACUCAGCUUGCAAAAGCCCAGGGCCAUAUAUUUCAGAAAGACCCAAAUGGGACCAGUAAUUUGCCAACUGGAAGUUCUCUUCUUCAAGAAGUUGAAGUACAGAAUGAGGAGAUGGCAGCUUUUUGUCUAUCCAUUACAAAAUUGAAGACCAAAUUUCCGUAUACCAAUCACCGCACAAACCCAGGCUAUUUGUUAAGUCCAGUCACAGCACAAAGAAACAUAUGCGGAGAAAAUGCUAGUGUGAAGGUCUCCAUUGAAAUUGAAGGAUUUCAGCUACCAGUUACUUUUACAUGCGAUGUGAGUUCUACUGUAGAAAUCAUUAUAAUGCAAGCCCUUUGCUGGGUACAUGAUGACUUGAAUCAAGUAGAUGUUGGCAGCUAUGUUCUGAAAGUUUGCGGUCAAGAGGAAGUGCUGCAGAAUAAUCAUUGCCUUGGAAGUCAUGAGCAUAUUCAAAACUGUCGAAAAUGGGACACAGAAAUUAGACUACAACUCUUGACCUUCAGUGCAAUGUGUCAAAAUCUGGCCCGAACAGCAGAAGAUGAUGAAACACCCGUGGAUUUAAACAAACACCUGUAUCAAAUAGAAAAACCUUACAAAGAAGCCAUGACAAGACACCCGGUUGAAGAACUCUUAGAUUCUUAUCACAACCAAGUAGAAGUGGCUCUUCAAAUUGAAAACCAGCACCGAGCAGUAGAUCAAGUAAUUAAAGCUGUAAGAAAAAUCUGUAGUGCUUUAGAUGGUGUCGAGACUCUUGCCAUUACAGAAUCAGUAAAGAAGCUAAAGAGAGCAGUUAAUCUUCCAAGGAGUAAAACUGCUGAUGUGACUUCUUUGUUUGGAGAAGAAGACACUAGCAAGAAGUCAACUAGGGGCUCACUUAAUCCUGAAAAUCCUGUUCAAGUAAGCAUAAACCAAUUAACUGCAGCAAUUUAUGAUCUUCUCAGACUGCAUGCAAAUUCUGGUAGGAGUCCUACAGACUGUGCCCAAAGUAGCAAGAGUGCCAAGGAAGCAUGGACUACAACAGAGCAGCUCCAGUUUACUAUUUUUGCUGCUCAUGGAAUUUCAAGUAAUUGGGUAUCAAAUUAUGAAAAAUACUACUUGAUAUGUUCACUAUCUCACAAUGGAAAGGAUCUUUUUAAACCUAUUCAAUCAAAGAAGGUUGGCACUUACAAGAAUUUCUUCUAUCUUAUUAAGUGGGAUGAACUAAUCAUUUUUCCCAUCCAGAUAUCACAAUUGCCAUUAGAAUCACUUCUUCACCUUACUCUUUUUGGAAUUUUAAAUCAGAGCAGUGGAAGUUCCCCUGAUUCUAAUAAGCAGAGAAAGGGACCAGAAGCUUUGGGCAAAGUUUCUUUACCUCUUUUUGACUUUAAACGGUUUUUAACAUGUGGAACUAAACUUCUAUACCUUUGGACUUCAUCACAUACAAAUUCUGUUCCUGGAACAGUUACCAAAAAAGGAUAUGUCAUGGAAAGAAUAGUGCUACAGGUUGAUUUUCCUUCUCCUGCAUUUGAUGUAAUUUAUACAACUCCUCAAGUUGACAGAAGCAUUAUACAGCAACAUAACUUAGAAACACUAGAGAAUGAUAUAAAAGGGAAACUUCUUGAUAUUCUUCAUAAAGACUCAUCACUUGGACUUUCUAAAGAAGAUAAAGCUUUUUUAUGGGAGAAACGUUAUUAUUGCUUCAAACACCCAGAUUGUCUUCCUAAAAUAUUAGCAAGUGCCCCAAACUGGAAGUGGGUUAAUCUUGCCAAAACUUACUCAUUACUUCACCAGUGGCCUCCAUUGUACCCACUAAUUGCAUUGGAACUUCUUGAUUCAAAAUUUGCUGAUCAGGAAGUAAGAUCCCUAGCUGUGACCUGGAUUGAGGCUAUUAGUGAUGAUGAGCUAACAGAUCUUCUUCCACAGUUUGUACAAGCUUUGAAAUACGAAAUUUACUUGAAUAGUCCAUUAGUGCAAUUCCUUCUGUCCAGGGCAUUGGGAAAUAUCCAGAUAGCACACAAUUUAUAUUGGCUUCUCAAAGAUGCCCUGCAUGAUGUACAGUUUAGUACCCGAUACGAACAUGUUUUGGGUGCUCUCCUGUCAGUAGGAGGAAAACGACUUAGAGAAGAACUUCUAAAACAGACGAAACUUGUACAGCUUUUAGGAGGAGUAGCAGAAAAAGUAAGGCAGGCAAGUGGAUCAGCCAGACAGGUUGUUCUCCAAAGAAGUAUGGAACGAGUACAGUCCUUUUUUCAGAAAAAUAAAUGCCGUCUCCCUCUCAAGCCAAGUCUAGUGGCAAAAGAAUUAAAUAUUAAGUCGUGUUCUUUCUUCAGUUCUAAUGCUGUCCCCCUAAAAGUCACAAUGGUGAAUGCUGACCCUAUGGGAGAAGAAAUUAAUGUCAUGUUUAAGGUUGGUGAAGAUCUUCGGCAAGAUAUGUUAGCUUUACAGAUGAUAAAGAUUAUGGAUAAGAUCUGGCUUAAAGAAGGACUAGAUCUGAGGAUGGUAAUAUUCAAAUGUCUCUCAACUGGCAGAGAUCGAGGCAUGGUGGAGCUGGUUCCUGCUUCCGAUACCCUCAGGAAAAUCCAAGUGGAAUAUGGUGUGACAGGAUCCUUUAAAGAUAAACCACUUGCAGAGUGGCUAAGGAAAUACAAUCCCUCUGAAGAAGAAUAUGAAAAGGCUUCAGAGAACUUUAUCUAUUCCUGUGCUGGAUGCUGUGUAGCCACCUAUGUUUUAGGCAUCUGUGAUCGACACAAUGACAAUAUAAUGCUUCGAAGCACAGGACACAUGUUUCACAUUGACUUUGGAAAGUUUUUGGGACAUGCACAGAUGUUUGGCAGCUUCAAAAGGGAUCGGGCUCCUUUUGUGCUGACCUCUGAUAUGGCAUAUGUCAUUAAUGGGGGUGAAAAGCCCACCAUUCGUUUUCAGUUGUUUGUGGACCUCUGCUGUCAGGCCUACAACUUGAUAAGAAAGCAGACAAACCUUUUUCUUAACCUCCUUUCACUGAUGAUUCCUUCAGGGUUACCAGAACUUACAAGUAUUCAGGAUUUGAAAUAUGUUAGAGAUGCACUUCAACCCCAAACUACAGAUGCAGAAGCUACAAUUUUCUUUACUAGGCUUAUUGAAUCAAGUUUGGGAAGCAUUGCCACAAAGUUUAACUUCUUCAUUCAUAACCUUGCUCAGCUUCGUUUUUCUGGUCUUCCUUCUAAUGAUGAGCCCAUCCUUUCAUUUUCACCUAAAACAUACUCCUUUAGACAAGAUGGUCGAAUCAAGGAAGUCUCUGUUUUCACAUAUCAUAAGAAAUACAACCCAGAUAAACAUUAUAUUUAUGUAGUCCGAAUUUUGAGGGAAGGGCAGAUUGAACCAUCAUUUGUCUUCCGAACAUUUGACGAAUUUCAGGAACUUCACAAUAAGCUCAGUAUUAUUUUUCCACUUUGGAAGUUACCAGGCUUUCCUAAUAGGAUGGUUCUAGGAAGAACACACAUAAAAGAUGUAGCAGCCAAAAGGAAAAUUGAGUUAAACAGUUACUUACAGAGUUUGAUGAAUGCUUCAACGGAUGUAGCAGAGUGUGAUCUUGUUUGUACUUUCUUCCACCCCUUACUUCGUGAUGAGAAAGCUGAAGGAAUAGCUAGGUCUGCAGAUGCAGGUUCCUUCAGUCCUACUCCAGGCCAAAUAGGAGGAGCUGUGAAAUUAUCCAUCUCUUACCGAAAUGGUACUCUUUUCAUCAUGGUGAUGCACAUCAAAGAUCUUGUUACUGAAGAUGGAGCUGACCCAAAUCCAUAUGUCAAAACAUACCUACUUCCAGAUAACCACAAAACAUCCAAACGUAAAACCAAAAUUUCACGAAAAACGAGGAAUCCGACAUUCAAUGAAAUGCUUGUAUACAGUGGAUAUAGCAAAGAAACCCUAAGACAGCGAGAACUUCAACUAAGUGUACUCAGUGCAGAAUCUCUGCGGGAAAAUUUUUUCUUGGGUGGAGUAACCCUGCCUUUGAAAGAUUUCAACUUGAGCAAAGAGACGGUUAAAUGGUAUCAGCUGACUGCAGCAACAUACUUGUAAACUAGUGAAUGGCUGAGCUUUGGAAGCAAGAACAGUUAUAAACGUGCAUGCAUACAUGCACACACACACACAGACACACACACACUUGUUAAUUUUGUACAGUAUUUUUAUACUUGGACAGAACUUAUAAAAUUAAAUAUACUUGCUGCAUUUCAACACAUCUGUUGGACCAACAGUCACAUAACUAACCUUUUUGAAUUUUUGGAAGCCAUUGCUGUUUUAAAGUCAUUAUACAGAAUGCUACAAACCCUAAACUUAAUAUAUACUAAUCCCUGAAAAAGACUUUGAGACAGUACUGUGUCAGUUCAGCCACCUAUUUUGCAUUGGUUUCUAUAAGGAGACAGAGCAUAUGUGUUUUCCUGUUAUGCACCUUUUAUAGCCUUUACCACUGUGUAAUGUUCACAAACACCAAAGUAAAGGAAAAAUGCAGGAUGUUACCAUAAAAUCCAGCUGCUAUUCAUGGAGCUGAAAAACAAAGCACAAAUAAUAGAUAGCUAUGUUAAGAACUACUAAGUAGUUUAUAGAAGUAGGGAAAACAUAAUACUGCUUUUUAUUCAUGUCUUUAAAGCCUUUUUCAGAAUAAGUGCCAAUCACUGAUGUUGUAAAUAAUGGUGCCUUAACUUUAUAUGCUUCCCUGGCACUUCAUUUCUGAUUUUUUUCCUGGUUUGAUAAAUAAUUACUACAUAGGUUUCACUCACUUUCCGCUUACUAAAGACAAGAAAUUAUGUACAUGUACUAAUGUUUUUCCCACAAAAUAUCCUUUACUUCUGAUGUAUGAAUUAGUUAUUUAAAUGGUUAAUUCAUUUACGGUUUUGUUGCCGAAUACCUGAAUAAGACUCACCAAUGUGAUUGUACAAUAAAUUCCAUCAUUCCAUUAAAAUCCUACAUUUAUUCCCAGGAGUGGUAAUUUCACCUCCCUACAUCUAUACUCCACUCCCUCAGUAAAUAAGUGAAAAUUGUUAACCCAUGUGCCCAUUCCUGAGUAGGGCAGACUCUUCACAAGAGGCCCAUGACAAGAAUUCUAGGGUCCAGAUUGAACUUUAAUAUAGACCUUUGUCUACGUAGACCAGUUUGUCUUGUAAACUGUCUUACUUACAUGUGUAAACAUUUUACAUUCACGUGAAAAGUUAUUUUCCUUUAUAUAAUAGGAUUCAGAAUCAUAAGGGACAGGAUUGAAAUUAUUCUACAGUAACCAGUAAGAAUAAGAUUCGGCUGGGCGCGGUGGCUCAUGCCUGUAAUCCCAACAUUUUGGGAGGCCAAGGUGGGCGGAUCACCUGAGGUCAGGAGUUUCAGACCAGCCUGGCCAACGUGGCGAAACCCCAUCUCCACACAAAAAUUAGCCAGGCGUAGGUGGUGGCGGGCAACUGUAAUCCCAGCUACUCGGAGGGCUAAGGCAGGAAAAUCGCUUGAACUCAG